GAUUUAGCUAGCAGUCUACCCUACGUUUCAAGCAUAGAAAAAGUUCGUGAAACCUCGGUUUUUCUUCUAAAUCUGCAUCCUUCCUCCUAAUUCUUAUCAUAACAUUUUUUAUUCUUUUCUUUUACUUAGUUCUUAUUACUACAUUCCUAUUUAUUUUUACGGUGCUUGUAUUGUUCCCUAUAACAUAUCACCUAGUAGAACUCACCAACAAGUUUCUAAAACUAGAAUCGUAGUCUGCCUGGUAGAUGCAAUUUAUAUCCGCUAAAAGGUAUUGAAUGAUACAAUAUUGGCUAGUACAUGAGCUGCUUUUGAAGUGAACUGUAUGAGAUACUGCCUGUGAAAUUCUAUUCAGGAAACUAUAAUAUUCAGACAAGUUUGUUUCCUCUUUUUGCUGAUCUAUAUGUAGUAGCUCUUAAUUUAUUUGAAAAAAAAAAAUUGAUUUUCUUUUUUGGUCUUUGUUUAGUCUGAAGUUAUCGUAAAAGGGUCUUGAUAGAAUGGACAAGCGAUCAGAAACGACGACGAACAUAUCAUUUGAUGAAAACAUUUCCAGUAGCUCUUUACACACUGGUGAGAAGGAAUCUCAACGCACUUCGACUCAUGGAUUGUAUACAGCGGAAGAAUUGAGUACAAUAAUUAGGGAAGCAUAUGUUCCUAGAAUAUCUGUAAUAUGUUCUCGUGAUGCGGAUGAAUUUGCUAUAAAUAAAGGAUUUCCACAGGGGUUUUGGGAAUUGCUUUAUCCUUUUGGUGACCGUGUACGUGGAAAAGUGCGACGUCGUGAUAUGCAAGAUGCUAUGCUUACUCUGGACAAAACCAGUUUACAGUUCGUUCCAGUAGACUCUUUAGAGUCGCACCUUAGUGAUGUUCCUGUAGUAUCAAUACGUGAUAUAUUGACUGCCCAAAAUCCAAAACUCGUGCUUCCCGAGGCGCCUUCGAAUUAUACAUUAGGUGUCCAUUACAAAAAUGUGGAACGAUGGGCUUGGACUUUAGCGCACGAGGAAAAUCGUGAGAUGUCAAUUGGUAUGUAUAUUCGACAACUUUUGACGGGUAUGCCGGUAUCAUCUUUUGAAACAUUCUCGCAUCCCGUCGCGCAUCUCGUCGUUGUUACAUCGCAUAACCCAACUCCUUUUGAAUCUCUUCGAGAGAUAAUUAACUCCCUUCCUCAAAUAUCUUUGCCUGCUUUUGUUUCGCAUGAUAUUAUUUAUUUUUUUGUUUAUGUUCACGAUGAAGACCAACAUGACAUUGAAUUAUCAAUGGCUAUUUUUGAUACAAUGCUACAGACAUUUGGGGAAAGAGGCUAUUUUUUGCGACUACAUUCACAGAAAGCUACGUUAGACUAUGAACAUACAAUUCCUUUUCCUUGCUCUUCUUGGUUAUCUGCUGAAGAGCGACUGCAAAUGUUAAAUGGCUUAGAAAAAGCACAACAAUUACUUUUUCAAUCAGAUGCAGAAUCUUUAAAAAGACUAGUAAGUCACAUAGCAUUUAAUGGUGUCAUCCCUCAUUUAGACAGGUGCAUAAGAAUAUGGGAUGACCAGUAUGCAUCUCCAAGACGUGGUUUUACAGGAAGGUUGUUUUUUGCUUCAAAAAAACUGAUAUCAGCACAGAAUAACUCCCAUAAUUCAAAUUUUUUUGCUUCUUCUAAUGUCUAUCGGCCAGACUCUAUAGAAGCCUACCUUCGAAAAUUAGCAGAUUAUUCCUUUAUGCUCCGUGAUUAUGUGCACGCCAACCAAAUCUAUGAAAUUGCAUCAAAGCAAUAUGCUAAUGAUGACGCUUACCUAUAUUCUGCCGCUGCUUCAGAAAUGAUUGUUAUAACAGAACACAUAUUGCACCUUGAUCGCCCUUACAUGAGCCUAACGAACAAAUUGCGCCUUAACGAAUGCAUGCAAUUAGCCAUGGCAAACUAUUUAAACAAACCUUUUAAUUCAUACUAUCACGCUGCUCGCUGCUUUCUUUUGUUAGGUCAAUACCUAAGCAGCUUCCCUAAUCCCAGAGUAGACGAUGCUGCUAAUUGGAACACUGGCUUAUUGUUCUCGAAGCGAUUGGGUCCGGUAGGUAGAGCUAUUGUAUUUCAGCAGACUUAUGAGCUUUAUAGACAAACUGGGCGGAUAAAUUCGGAUUCGCUGGAUUCAAGAGAAAUGAAGCGAGACCGUAAAACAGCAUUUUGGUGUGUAAUGGCAGCAGAUGCUUGGUUACGGUGUCAUAUUUCCUUCCGUGCUAGACCUUUUAUAGAUCAAGCAAAGGACUUCUAUACUCAUGUAGCUUGGCAGGAUUUAAACGAAUGCGUAGCCAAGCUGGGUGAAGUAGAUAUGACUCCUAAAUCUCAAGACAAAUAGUUUUACAUUCACUUACAGGGUGGUAAUCAAAAAUAUAAUAAAAUGUAUAUUAUUAUGAUUUCAUAUUCUUUUUAAUAAAUAUAUAUAUAUAUAUUUGUAUAUGGAAA